AUGUCUUUACAAAAACUUACUGCAGAGUUAUAUUCACUUUUUGCCAAAGAAGAUUAUCAAGGCUGUCAGCAGUUGCUUGCUCCAAUUAAACUAGAAUUAGUUAAGCAUGAUUUAUUGGUUCCUUUACCAUCCAACACCACUGAUAAAAACCAAAUCAAUGAUUUGAGAAUUGCCCAAAGAAUUUUGGAAAUUGGAGCGUUAUCGUCAUUAUUGACCAACAACUAUUCAGGUUUCGAGAAUUAUUUUGCCCAGUUGAGACCAUUUUAUGCCAAUCCCAAGUUGCAUAAUUUGCAAAAAGUUCAUAUCAAUACCGACAUAACAAAGAUCACUUCCUUAUACUUGUUAUACUUGUUGAGUCAGGGGUUGAUUUCAAAAUUUCAUGUUGAGCUAGAAGUGAUUUACAAUUCAUCGCAAUAUGAUGUUCAACAAGACAAGUAUUUACAAUUUCCAAUAAAUUUAGAAAGUAAUUUAAUGGAAGGUAAUUACAUAAAAAUCUGGAAGUUAUUAAAAGAAGAGAAAAACCUACCAUGUCAGGAAUACACACAUUUUGUUGAUACUUUGAUAAACGCUUUACGUUUUGAAAUUGCCAAAUCUUUAGAGAAAACUUACGACUCAAUUCCAAUUUCUAAUUGCAAGAAUUUAUUAUAUUUACCACAAGAAUUGUCAGAUUCCAACUUUGAGAAAACCUUAAAGGAAACUUACCAAGUUGAUAAUUGGAAAUUUGAGGAUGGUGUCAUAUACUUUGCUAAGAAUGAAAACGAAACCGAUGCCGACAACCAGUCAGUUAUAAAGAAUUUAUUGGGAUACGCUGAACAAAUCGAAUCCAUUGUAUAA